AUGGCCUCACCACUAAACUCGCAACCUUAUGCCUUGAAACUGGACAAUAGUUCCUUCGUCCCUCGUAAAGAAUUCCAGAUUGCUCCCAGACGCAACCCUUCUUCGUUUUCCCUGCUAUGUUUUGCAGGUUCCAACAUGCUUAGAUUGUAUGCUUUUCCAUCCAGCGUGGUCAGCGCGUUCCGUCGCUUCUUUGACAAACGAAUUCACGCGGAGAAGACUGAUCACCAUAAUAACUUUACGCAGUUCGAAUUGGAGGGUAAACUAUGGACGACAAAGAGCUUGGCGACGGAGCGGUUGCUGGUCGAAAUGUUGAACAUUGUCUACCAGAGUAGAUUCACCUACCUGUCUACCAUAGAUUAUGGACGGGAAAGCGACGAUAGAUUGGCAAUAGCCUUCUCAAGACCAUCUCCUCCCUCGGAAUACCCUGCAUCUUCCAGCUCUUCCUCCCCAAAGGUUCCUUCUCUUGCCCCGAUUCCCGACCAACCCAGACCUAGAGUACCGUUUGCUCUUUCUUUUCCUUCCGCUACGGUUCUCCGAGUGAUUUGCCCACCGUUGCAUUCAACGCCGGCUAUCCUUCAGGCAGUCCGUGGUGCUUGGCCUCGUGGCGUACAAUCAGAGAAGAAGGUCGGCGAAAAUUCUUUCGAAUUCAAACUCAAAGGAUACAGAUGGUUUCAAGAGGAUACAUUUGCCACUGACUCGCUUCAAUAUAUUCUUACACUACUUUCCUCUCUAGAUGCUCAUUCGUUCACGUUACAAGCAUCCAUCUCAUUGACCAACCGAUCGAGGAACAAAGAUUUCUGGAUUUUCACAGGUCCUCCACCUCCCGACGAGCUUAACUCGCAGGCGCCGUCCAUUCAUGAUACAUUUCACACUGAUUUCCAUGGUCAACAACAACAUGCUUCAGGUCUUCAUACCCGCACAGCCACCGAACCCAUAUUGUCAUCGUCGCCACUGCCUCCCUCCUACCAUGCGCGUAUAGCGACUGACAACGUGGGCCGGAACAGUCCUAGCGGAUCUUCAGGCAGUUUGCCAUCCCCUGGUCUGCGUAAAGCAGCGCCCAGAGCUCAAGUCCCUGUUUCCGUUCAUGAUACAGAUAUAGACAUUCCUGAAACUCUAGGUUAUCGUGUCGAUUUGCCGAGCGUUGUACCUGAUGGUGUGGUGAAUAUGACAGGGGUGGGCGCUGCUUCACAUACACCAGACGUCUUUUACUCCACCUCUCCAUUUGGAGAUCUUUCAGUGGCUCCAAUACCGCUAUCUUCUUCACCUCAUGCGGGAGUAGCGGCUUCACCACCAGCCUCACCUCGAAAGACGCAACCUCUCCAACAUUCACAUACAUCCUCUGAAUCAACGCCUAUCGAUCCCUCUAUCAAGUCCCUGGAGAUGGAGGGCGAUUUGUUGUCUCCCGGGGUUUUCAAGAACUCUGGUAUCUAUCGCGAUUCGGCAUUCUCCUCCAACAGCGACGUCAGCGCCGAAAUUCCCAUUAAAUGGACUGGCGCUCAUAGAGAAAGUCAGCAAAUCAGGGAAGAGAAGCGUAUUUCAGAAGGACCGAAAUUCCCUGGAGGUUGGGAGGCCUCGCCCAUUGAAGAGAAGGAGGAAAUCGAUGCCACAGGGAGAGUGUCUUUGAAUUUCGAUUUGGAUCAGAACAAGCAUCCUGAGAUGCCUGUCUAUGACGUUCGUGUGGCAUCUCCUGAGAUCACCAUGGCAGUAAGUGGAACUAGAAAAAGUGAAGCGGGAUUGAUAGAACUCAACAAUGCUACUUUUUCGCCACCACCACCGUUACCUACUCAAUCCUCGAGUGAUGACGCUCCUUCUAGUCCGAAGGGGAAACCACGUGAAGUUGGGUCGGGUGCAGGUUGGGUAUUGGUUAACAUUGAAGGAAAGAAUGACAAUGGGACGGUCGCGCCUCCUGUUUCCGAAGUUGGUCCUGCAUCUUCUUCAGCCGAGAGAGAAAUUAGCUCUAGCGACAACCACCCCCCUUCCGCAGAGUCAUCUUCUAAGUCUGUCGUCAAACCAGUAGAUGACCCCUCUACCCCAAAGGCAAAAGCCAUUGUGAUUGUCCACAACCCGGAAGGAAAGAAGGGCAAAACCAAGAAAGACUCCUCUCGUAUCAAGCGACUGCUAUCGAUCACUCGACGCGAUUCGGUAAGUAGGACGGAGGCUCUUACCCGCGGUCAAUGA